AAUUUAACAAAAUAAACAAAAAAAAAUUAGAGAAAACAAAAACUUUUGAUUUAAAUAAAAAAUAUGAUCUAAUUUCAGGAGAGGGAUCAGAUGACAAAAGAAGGAGAGUGCUCAAAUUGUCGUAACAGGCUGAGCGAUACACUCUUCUCGCAUUAGAGCGAGAUUUUUUAACCACUCCUCAUUUCCCCUUUAACUUGCCUGAAGGAUCAUAUUUAUUAACUAAUCCACCUCUAACCCCUUUUAUAGCCAACUAAUCAUAUCCCUCACUUCCCAACUAACCGAUGUGGGACAAAUUUCCAAUUUUCAAAUUUCUUCUCUUUCCUUCAGUCUCUUAAAAACCCCUAAAUUAGAUUAUUGACGACGGGACAAGCUUUUUUCAAAUUAUGACUGCUACGACAACGACGAUUUCUCAGCAUGAUUUCUAUGGCGAUGAUGAAGAUUCGGAAACUUCAAUUUCUGUUUCUGUAAUCGAGAAUAUGAAGGAAGAGUAUGGCUUGUUUGUGUGGCCUUGUAGCGUCAUCCUCGCUGAGUAUGUUUGGCAACACAGUUCUCGAUUUCGUGGUUCUUCGAUUCUCGAGCUUGGAGCUGGCACUUCCUUGCCUGGUUUAGUAGCUGCAAAGGUUGGGGCUAAUGUCACUCUUACUGAUGAUGCAACUAAACCUGAGGUUUUGGAAAAUAUGAGAAGAGUCUGUGAGCUUAACAAGCUGAACUGUAAUGUGAUGGGUCUCACCUGGGGAGUGUGGGAUGCACCGAUAUUCGACCUGCGACCUAACAUUAUACUUGGGGCUGAUGUGUUAUAUGAUUCAAGUGCAUUUGAUGAUCUCUUUGCCACUGUCUCAUUUUUGCUCCAAAGUUCUCCGGAUGCAGUUUUUAUUACUACAUAUCAUAACAGAAGUGGGCAUCAUCUAAUCGAGUUCCUGAUGGUAAAAUGGGGACUUAAGUGUCUAAAACUUCUGGAUGGCUUCUCGUUCUUGCCAUCUCACAAGGCAUCUGUACUUAGCGGAAACAUUCAGUUGGUUGAGAUCGUGUUGAGUUCCAAAUAUCAGCAAGCUUAAGACGAUAACAACCAUCUAAGUUGAUUAUAGCCAUAGAUCAUAGAGAUCACCACUGAUCUUGAUGUAUAAAACUGAGCAAAGGGUUGUUGGACGAAGACACUAGCGUCGAGAGAAGACCUGGAACCUUGGCAUGCAAGCAAGAACUAGAGUGCAUGAUACAGAAUCGAGAUGUGCAUCAAUUCAAUGUCUAGAAGAACAAUGUCGUUGCGGGUUACAAUUAUUAAUGUUGAAGAUAAACAACGAGCCAUCGUUUAGUAAAAAUGUAGCAUCACAUUCAUAGUUCAAAUCCUUUACAUGCAAAACAAGAAAAUGUAAUUGUUAUAUUCUGGUUUACACGAUGAUUUAGAUAGAACAGACGACCAGACCACACAGUUGGGCUACGUUGUGCGUAUAGAGAUUCUCCAAAA